CAAAUAAAGUACUAGCGGGUGUAAAAUUGACAUUUCGUGUGUGCCGUUCUACGAGCAGCUCGAUUUUUGAGAACGAGUACUGCGGAAUUCAGCACUUGGCUCGGUGGUAUGGACGUAUAGUCUUGACUCGGUGACUGCAGUAGCAACCAUGAGUGUCGGAGGAAGGGUCGCGAGCGGCCUCAGCAAGCUCAAGAAGAAGCACUUCAGGGUGAAGCAUCAAAAAGUGAAGCUCUUUCGUGCGAGCGAGCCGCUGCUUUCGGUCUUCAUGUGGGGGGUCAACCACACGAUAAACGAGCUUAGCCAUGUGAAUAUCCCAGUGAUGCUGCUACCCGACGAUUUCAAAGCGCAUUCGAAACUUAAAGUGGACUACCACCUCUUCAACAAGGAAAAUAUGCCAAGCCACUUUAAGUUUAAGGAAUACUGUCCAUUGGUAUUCCGAAACCUCAGAGAAAGGUUCGGAAUCGACGAUUUGGACUACAAGGAGUCUCUCACUAGAUCUCAGCCUUUACCUGUAGAUUCACCCGGCAAAAGCGGUGCCAGAUUUUAUCAGUCAUAUGAUCGGCUGUUCAUAAUUAAAUCGCUGACCAGCGAAGAAGUUGAGCGAAUGCACUCCUUCCUUAAAGACUACCACCCAUACAUAGUUGAGAGACAUGGCAAAACUCUGCUUCCCGAGUAUCUAGCCAUGUACCGUUUGACUGUAGACGGCGUUGAGCACUACUUUGUUGUGAUGAGAAAUGUUUUCAGCAACCAUUUGCGGACCCACAGGAAAUUCGACCUCAAAGGCUCGACUGUUGAUAGAGAAGCGUCCGACAAGGAAAAAGAGAAGGACCUUCCUACCCUGAAGGACAAUGAUUUUGUCAAGGAGGGAAUGAAGAUCUACAUUGGCGAAGAGGCCAAAGAAAAGCUGAUUGAAACCCUCAACGCAGAUGUUGGGUUCCUUACUAAACUGCACUUGAUGGACUACUCGCUGCUCCUUGGUGUGCAUGACGUUGCCAGGGCCGAGGAAGAGCGAGCAGCAUACCAGGAAGAGGAUAACCAAUUGGAAGAUGAUGAAGACUCAAGCGGCUCUGGGGUGGACCAGCGAUGGGGUGGAAACGCUGGAGCCUCGGGAGGCAUCACCACUCCCCCAGACUCACCAAGGACACUGGUCAGGGAAGCUUCCCUCCAUGACGGCUGCAUUAUACCUGAACUGGACAUCUACGCCAUUCCCUCCUCAGAUUCAGCAGUGGAGAGGAGAGAAAUCUAUUUCCUGGCCAUCAUUGAUGUCCUAACCCACUAUGGGGUGAAGAAGCAAGCAGCAAAGGCUGCCAAGACAGUCAAAUACGGCUCAAACGUUGAGGGCAUCUCAACGUGCGACCCAGAACAGUAUGGCCGCCGCUUUAUUGAGUUUCUCAGUAAAGCCAUUGAGUAGUCAGUGCGUCUCCUCUGCAUCUAGAUCUAACCCCUCUUGGUAAUCUUUUCAUGCCGCGCCCACUUACCCGUAAUAUUUUGUUUCGCAGAUCUUGCUCUAUUAAAAACUAACUGACACACAUCCGAAAGAGAGAGGAAAACAAUAAUAAUAUACCAAACAUACUUCUACAAUCACUGUUCACGUGUGGAAAUGUGUAACCCAAAUGCUAAACAAAACUAUUUGCCCACCUCUUGUUCGAUGUAAGACAAUAUCUCCCCCGUUCGUAAUCAAUGUAUAAGAGUACUUAAGCAGUUCAUUUUUGGCGUCUAGCACAAACAUCUGUGAGAAACAUAAUUUUAACUUCUUGUCACCUCUUCUGAAGCUCAAUGUUGAUAAAGUACGCAGUUCUGUGGGUCGGCUGGUCUGUGAGUGUGCUUGAUUUUACAUGUCUUGAUCAUUUUUGCUGUGACAUUUUUGCAUUUUAAGUGAAAUAAUAAAACGUUAUCUAAAGAAGAGGGAUUUUCCAUUAGGUUAAUUGGAUCUGGAAUUUGAUUGUUGUACUUUAGUUAAGGGAAUGCUACUCUCAUUGUCAGAGACAGUGAACGCUGAAAUCUUGAGUGAAUUGUGAAUUUAGUAGUCCCUGCCCGCUUCACAUGAAAUAAUACAUGAUGAUAAACUACUCCAAUAAAAAGACGCAAUCGCUGAAAUCAAUACUGUUAGACGUAAAUACUUCUAGCGAGUGUUCUGCUCGAAACAUUCACUUCAUGCAAUGAUAAUUUUCCACCCAAAUAUUUUCAUAUCGUGCCUGCCGCCUCUGGAUCCAGUGCGCGCACGGUUGCCUUGAAAUCGAUCUAUAUUCUUCCAUGAAACCGAAAUUCAAAGGGCCAGUUUUAAUAAUUUUUGUAUUUACUCAUUAAAUGACGAGGAUGAACUUUUUGAAUCUGACAACUUACCCCAAGUUACUCCACCAUUGACUGUACUCAUUCGCUUACUCAUGAGAUUCAAUUCAAGCUUGAAAACAAUAAUAUAUGUUUCAUGUCGUUUGAUCCCGCGCAGUAUUCCCUUUGUCACGAUAGGACGUAAGAAUUAUCUAGCAUGACUCUUUGGGAUGUGUAAAAUGAAAAUGAUCUUUUAGUCUAAGCGAACCAGUUGUUUUUGUAAAGUUUAGAUAGGGAACUAUAUGAUAAUUAUAAGAUAAAAGAGUGUUGUAUAUUCUUUGUUGUUGAAAAUAACUCACUGAAAAUAUUAUACUUUAUUGAUCCUCUCAAGCCUGUAAAUAAUACAACUCGUCGAUGCCCCAAUAUUUACAUGAAUUGUGAGAAAACUCUAUUCUAGUGGAAGUCCUUUUUUACUCUAUAUGCCGUCACUUAAUUAUACUAUUAUGCUUGUUGAAAACACCUAUUGAACGCGUACACAAGAAAGCAAAACUGAGCAGACAAGGCUUCUUAGUUGAUAAUUUAUAUUUCAAUGACAAGUAAAGUACUUGCUUAAUGGUUCUAUGAAUACUAUAGAGAUGGAAAAUACUAAACGCGAGUUUAAUGUGUAUGACCAGCGGCAACAACUCUUUAACUGCAGUGUAUGAUGGUCUCUUGAUAUUAAAUAAAAUCAGUUAUUGAUUUCAUUAA